CCCGGACCGUCUCCCUCUCCUGUCUUAGACUCUCUCGUGACCUGGCUUGGCUGCCCGCCUGUAGACUAGUGGGGCGCCUCAUCCGCACACCUGGGUCCCGGCCUAGGGACGUCCCUGGACUUGCUGGAGACGCCCAGCUCUCAAGGUGGUGCCUGAUUCCGAGAGCUUGCAGGACUCAAAAUCAAGCUCAACGUGGAGCCAUGCAGCCAUUGCUGUGAGUUUCUAAGUUUGUGAGGUUGAGCACUUGCGACCUACCGGAGCCACCAUUCCGUAAGAUUGGAAGUGAGUCGCUGGCCACGACCGUACUUGUCACAUUUGGGGCUGCAGCACCCUGAUAGUCUAGUGCCAGUGAAAUUUUGGGGGUGGUGGCGCUGACUGCCUGCCCUACUGCAUUAAUCAGUGAUAUCCAGCACACCUGCCGCAGCGCAGAUGGAAGAUGCUUUAAAACAGAUUUUAGGACCCGAGCAGACCGCUGCUCUGGAUUCAACCAUCCUGGACUACAUUGUCCAAGUCUUACAGGAUGAAACCUUUGAGUUUGGGCCCGGGGGUGAAGAGGCCUAUGAAGCGGUUGGCAGCCUGCUCGUAGAAGGGGGAGGCGUUAAGGAUGACCGAGAAGCACGUACAGUAUGUGGCCAACUAGCGGAGAGGUUUGGAGGCAAUGCGCUCAAGGAGACAGAGGUGCGGCAGCUGGCUGCUCCUGUCACGAUGGCAAUGCCAAAAGAACUAGAAGGGCACACGUUUGGGGCGGCAAAGGGAGCGGAGGUUGAAUUCUCACUGCCGGCGGACAUAACGGCACGCGAUGAGGCAAAGAUGGAGAGGAGGCGGCGAAAAGAGGACAGGCAAAGACAGUUGGAGUAUGAGGCGCAUCAGCGAGAAGCCGAGGAGGCCCUGAAGAGCCUGCCUCCCAUGACGGUGUGGCACAGCUCGGAAACGGAAGGCGGAAGUGGGGGCAGCAGGGAUGUGCGGAUGGAAAACUUCAGCAUAACAGUCGCCGGGAAGGAUCUCAUCAGCGACGCCACCGUCAUAUUGGCCUAUGGCAGGCGAUAUGGGCUCGUUGGACGCAACGGGACUGGGAAGACGACGUUCCUAAAGCACAUGGCGAUGCGAGCUCUUCCUGGGAUCCCCAAGAACUGCCAGAUUCUUCAUGUCGAGCAGGAGGUUGCGGGAGGGACCGACACUGUCCUAGAAUGCGUUCUGGCGUGCGAUGUCGAGAGGUCGCAGCUGUUGAAGGAAGAGGCAGAGCUGCUGGCAGCACAGAAAAAGGACGAUCUUCUGGCAGCCACAUCCAAAGCGGCUGGCGGCCAACCAAGGAAGGCUGGCGGACGGGGAAGCGCAGCGCCAGCAGUCCCGGGCAAGGGGAUCGAGAAGACGCAGAGUGCUAAGGAUACCGAGACAGCGACGCGGCUAGCGGAGAUCUACAAGCGGCUAGAAGCAAUUGAUGCUUACGCUGCGGAGGCACGAGCAGCGUCGAUUCUAGCGGGCCUGGGGUUCACCGCCGAUAUGCAGCAGAAGACGACGAAAGAGUUCUCGGGGGGGUGGAGGAUGCGGGUCGCCCUUGCGCGGGCGCUCUUCAUUGAGCCGCAGCUGCUGUUGCUGGAUGAGCCCACGAACCAUCUGGACCUGCAUGCGGUUUUGUGGCUGGAGGAUUACCUCACCAAAUGGCCCAAAACUCUGGUGGUCGUCUCGCACGCUCGGGAGUUCCUCAACACGGUGGUGACGGACAUCCUGUACCUGCAACACCAGAAGCUGGUGACGUAUAAGGGGGACUACGACACGUUCGAGAAGACAAGGGACGAGCGGCUACGGAACCAAGUCAAGGCAAAGGAGGCGAACGAGCGCACGCGGGCGCACAUCCAGUCGUUUGUGGACAAGUUCCGGUACAACGCGAAGCGGGCGUCGCUGGUGCAGUCGCGCAUCAAGGCGCUGGAGCGCAUCGGGACCGUGGAUGACGUCGUCACGGACCCGGAUUACGUCUUCCAAUUCCCCACGCCCGAGGACCGGCCGCAGCCGCCCAUCAUCAGCUUCGUGGACGCGGCCUUCAAGUACCCGGGCGGGCCGACUUUGUUCAGGAACCUCAACUUCGGCAUCGACCUGGACAGCCGGCUGGCCAUGGUGGGCCCCAACGGCAUCGGCAAGUCGACGCUGCUCAAGCUCAUUUCAGGGGAGCUCGAGCCGACGGAAGGGACGGUGCGAAGAUCGGCCAAGGUGCGCAUGGCGUCGUUCAGCCAGCACCACGUGGACGGCCUGGAUUUGGCGUCGACUCCGCUCGGGUAUUUGAUGAAGCAGUUCCCGGGGGUGCCGGACCAGCGCCUGCGGGCGCACCUCGGAAGUUUCGGCAUCACGGGGCCGCUCGCGCUGCAAACCAUGUACACGCUCUCAGGGGGCCAGAAGAGUCGGGUAGCCUUUGCGAAGAUCACCUUCUCCAGGCCGCAUAUCUUGCUCCUCGACGAACCGUCCAACCAUCUCGAUCUCGAUGCGGUGGAAGCUCUGAUUGCGGGGCUUGCGCUGUUCCAAGGGGGCGUCCUCAUGGUCAGUCACGACCAGCACCUGAUCUCAGGCAGCGUGGACGAGCUGUGGGUUGUGCACGAUGGGACGGCAACCCCGUUCCACGGCACCUUCGAGGAGUAUAAACGGACGCUCGUAGAUAAGCUGUUCUCAAAGAACAAAAAGUGAGGUAACUCGCAAUGUUUCGAGGGGACGGAGGAUGCUGUUUGUAACGCCAUGAGCUUUUGUGGGCUGAAAGCUCGCAAUAACGUUUUUGAAGCACAAAUGGGCACGCCUAUUUUUUGUACUGCAUUGCAAUAUUGUUCGACCUGGGCCGCCACGGGCUGCGGGGUCAGGAAGUUCUGAC